AUGGGUUCUGUUAAACGAAUCCGAAUGAAACUGAACUGCACACAAUCCAGAUUUGAUUACCAGAUUACGGAAGAGGAUUACAUUUGUGAAGCAUGCUUUGAUGUAUCCAUGCAGUCUAUUAACGCUCAAAUUCAUGGAAAAAAUGAGUGUCAUCCAUCUGCUUGUUCAUCUCGCCUUGGUCAUACUCAAGUAUGCCCCGUUUGUGGUCGAUUAUUGCUCAAUGGUCAAAGUGACCAUAUUCACAAAGAAAACCCAUCAAGCCUCACACUAAGAAUGAUCAACUUAAUUCGAACUACUGUAGCACCUUGUCAGAUAUCACAAUAUGAUCGUGUAUGUCAUGCCUGUUGGUUGAGGUUUAAAAGACAAGCUCUUUUAACUCAACAACAGGAUGAAAGAAGAGGCUUAGAAGGUGAAGAGACUCCUCACAGUCAAACAAUUGAACAAGAAGUGGAACAGCCUGUUGAUGCAGUUCAUGUUCCUGAAUUACAACCUCCCCCGUUUAUUGCAAGUACAGUUGAAAGGGAUUCGUCUGUAGAAUCAGUUGCAGCUCCAGAGGUUCAUUCGCAACAAUCUCAAACCCAACAAUCAAGUAACAUUACAUUACAUAAUUAUAAACGUGCUCCCAAUACAGCAUCUCAUUGUGCAUUGUAUGGGUGUGAAAAUGAAAAUCUGCAUACUGUGUCAGAUGCACUGCGGGCUACCAUUUUGUGCAACUACAAUUUUUAUAUUCCCAAAAUGGCAAGAGUACGCACAGGCCAUUCACAUGGAAACAGUUGGAGUUCCCUUUAUACCAGUGAAAACAGCAUGAGCGAUUUCACUGUUGAAUAA